GAAUGAAAAGUGGCAAGUCGUAAUGCAUUUUAACAAAGUUCAAAACCAUCUAAUGGGAACUGCAGCUAAAAGAAGAACGCAAACAAAUGAGAGGAAAGAAAAUGUGAGAAAAUAGAGAAAUGUGAAGAAGUUCAGUAAUCGAAAGCAGCGCGGAAGAGGUCGUUACUGAAUUGUUAAAAAUAUGUGUUUUAUUUAAAAAAGAGGUAUAAAUGGAGUGAUUAUGGUUAUUAAUACAAGUUCAUGAAGUAUUAAACAAUUAUAUUGAAAUAUUUAUUACAUCCUUAAAGCGGAAAAGGACGCAAAUCUGUGCAAAGUGAAUAAAAGUAGUAAGAGGACGUGAAAAAAUCGAAGUGAAAAAGUGAGUGGGGGCAGCAGCCUCAGCAGCGACGUUGACAGAGCAGCAGUAGUCGAUUAAAAGGUGAGCAUGGCAAAAAUUUAUCCACCAUUUGAAAUUUUAUGCUCAAUAUAUUGUAUCUUUAAAUUAAGAUCGUAGACGGAGAGACAAGUGGAUUAUUUGGUAAAAUAUAAAAGUGUGAAUAAGGGAGUGCUUUCCGCAUACAAAACUCCUUGUUUGCUGGUCAGUAGGACAGCCACCAAUCAAUUGGGCGCCCCGCCGCAGCUGUCUAAGUGAUCAUUAAUAAUUUCUGUAUUCAACCACUAUUCUAUUCGCUCAGAUGGCUGUGAAAGUACAAUUCGAGAUCGGUCAUACGGCGAGGUUGCGGGGUAAAAAAACGCCUGAAGGAUUUACACAUGAUUGGGAAUUGUAUGUGCGUGGUGUUAAGGAUGUAGAUAUCAGCAACUACGUUGACAAGGUCGUCUUCAAUUUACACGAUUCCUUUCCAAAACCAAAGAGGGUUUGUAAUAAGCCGCCAUAUGUUAUAACUGAGUCAGGAUACGCCGGUUUUCUGCUGCCAAUCGAUAUUUAUGUUCGUAAUCGUGACGAGCCAAAGCGCAUUCAAUUUACUUACGAUCUAGAUUUGCAACAGACCGGACCUCCACAUCAUCGUUCAGAAGUUCAGAAGUUUGUAUUUGACCAUGUUACGGAAGAUUUUCGUCAGAAGUUGCUUAAAGGUGGUGGCAUACCAGUGACAGGCGCAGGCAUGGUUGGUGGAACUGCUGCACUACCAAGUAAUACCACUCCGAAUGCCGCUUUGAGCGAUGAAGGUGGUGGUAUGAUUAGCAAGCCGAAGUUGACUAGCGGUGAUACUGUUGGUGGAAGUAAUAGUAAAAAACAUAAAACUCGUGUGGAUGAUUCUAAGAGUAACUCGUUUGCUAAUCUUUUCGGCGCACCAAUCAAAAGCGCAUCUAAUAAACACUCGCCAGAUAGCAAAAAUAACGCUACGAAUACUGUGGGUGGCAAAGCUGUACCAAACCCGGCCAGUGCGAGCAGCAGUGUUAGUGGAGGAGGUAGCACUCCUAACUCUGGAAGUAACAACACUAGCAACGCAAAUUCAAAAGAUAAAUCUAGCAAGGAACGGGACAAAACUCACAGCUCGUCAACGGCGCAGUCGACAGGCACCGAAAAACUGCGUGAAAAAUCGGAUAAAAAGGAAAAACACAAGUCCAAUUCAAGCCCACACAAAGAGUCACGCGGUGAGAGCAAAAAGUCCGGUGAAAGCAGUAAACAUGAAAAGCGUGAAGAGUCUAAAUCUAAGAAGGAUAAAUCUAGAGACAAAGAACGUGAACGUAGUCGUGAGAAAGGUGCAAGUGGUGCCACCAAACGACCGCUAAGUCCGAAGAGUAGUGCGCGCGAUCUUGGUGCACCGAGUCCAAAGCGACCUACUCCGCCCAGGCCGUCAUCCUCCGCUAGUGGCCGUGUUGAAGAAGUUAAACCUUCCGGCAGUAACAGGGUGGAGAGCAAAGAGUCAAAGCCCCGCGAAGAAAAGUCGAGUUCAAGUGGUAAAAAAUCCAAGAAAGAAAAGAAAGAUAAGGGAAAAGAUCGUGACAAAGAGCGUCGAGAUGAGCAUAAAGAGAAACAUCGUAGUGCCGAAGGAAAAUUAAAAGAAUCAAAAGAUGAACGCCAUGGUAGUACCGUUACAGGAAACGUUAGCGUAAGUGCCAGUGGCAGCAAUGCUACGACACAUGUUGCUAGUGGUAACGGUGUUGCAGCUGACGCUAAAGAUAUUAAGGGCCGAAGCUCCCCGGCAAAUUUAAACGUAAAGAAAACCGAAAAGGAUAGUAAGGAUAAAAUGGAAGGGGCAAAGUCAGCAAAUACGACAAAAACCAACGAAAAGGUAUUGUCAAAUUCGAUAACUGCUCAAACAGCUAGUACAUCAACUGUAAGUGGCGAUAAGAAAUCCUCAAGCGCCACAAACAAUCAAGGAGAGAAGGUAGAGAAGGAAAAGGAUAAAGAAAAAGAUAAGGAGAAAAAGUCACAUAAGCACAAGAAAAAAGACAAAAACAAAGACAAAGAUAAGGAACGUGAUAAGGAGCGCGAAAAGGACAAGCAUAAAGAAAGAGAAAAGGAGAAAGAUCGUGAUAAGGAUCGCUCCGAUGAAAAGACGCGCUCUGACAAGCAUGCAGACACAAAUACGAAUAAUAAUCCAAACUUAACGACAAAUACCUCUGCAAAUGCCCCUGGUACUAAAUCCACAGCUUUGCCUUCAGAUGACCAUGCGCCUCUUAGUGAUUCGACCAAAACCGAAGCAAACGUUGCUGCUUUGGUGAAUUCCACAAACAAUCUUGCAAAUAGCAACAGCCUUAAUAACAAUAACAACACCGGAGUGGUAUCUACUGCUCCGACCAAAAAGUCACAAAGCAAAGAAAAGAAGUCCAGAGAGAAGACAUCCAAAGAAGACAAACGAAAUUCUGCGGAAGUUGGCGAAUUAGAACCACGAGGCAACCAUAAACAUCCCAAAACAAAUACUGGUACCGGCUCUGCAACAGCAUCUGCAACAACCAGCAGUAAUAACUCCGCUAAUAGCAGUAAAAGUGCUGAUACAAUGGAAGUUGAAAAAGCGCUUACAUUAAAUGAACCUGCCCGAUCAGCGACAACAUCACCAACAGUAACACAAUCCUCGGCGACAGCGGCCGUUACAGCAGCUGGCAACACGCCAGCCGCUAUACAUUCGGACAGCUCGAAUAGUAGUUUCCCGGAUUUGGUGCCGAAGCCGCCAGAGUCUAACAAAACAACAACAACAACAUCGCCCAGUAAUAAAUCGGACAUAACAACAGCUGAGAAAGUAGACAAGAAUUCAACUACGGGUAAAGAACACAAAUCGCGUGGUAGUGAACGUAACACAAAAGCGAAGGACACAGCCGAUAAACCAGACAAGAUCGAAAAGAAAGUAGAUAAAGUAGAAAAGAAAAGACGUCGAAGCUCAGUGGCUGCUGCCACUGUAUCGGCGAAUACAUUCAUAGAACCGCCAGUGAAACAGGCCAAAAAAGAAUCUAGCAAAGCGGCCCGCGAUCAAGUAAAGUCCCCUGCAUUGCGACAUAGUCGGGCCGCAAGCAUAAGUGGUCCUAUCGGCAUCAGCAACACUAAUGUAAAUACCAUCAGCGGCGGCGUUAGUGGCGGCAACAACAACACAACAGCACAAAAUACCAGCAACAACACUAUGGAUGGAUCAAACAGUGGCAUUACAUUUUUACCGCCACCCCAAAAUGCGACGGGCACAAGUAUGAGCAGUUCGCCUGCUGCUACAUCCAAUACCGUAGCCACUACCAGUGCCAAUACAAGCGCCAGCAACGUCAGCACAAAUGCGAACACGAAUACGAGCGCCUCGAUAACUGUCACUGCAGCCGCGCCACUAGCACCUCCUCAUCCACUCCGACCUGCAUCACCGACUGGAACUGUAGGAGCGUCCGUAGCAGAGACAGCAAAUGCAAACAACGGUGCAACACCAAUAGUACCAAAUGAAUACCUAACUGAAUUACAGGAAUUACAUCACAAAAUUAUGACGCUACAGGACAACGAGGAGUUGCAACAGGUUGUCGAAUUGAUUGCUGCGACUGGUUGUUAUGAGAUAACGGCGAAAACCUUCGAUUUUGAUCUAUGUAAACUUGAUCGCAUAACCGUGCAGCGUUUGCAAGAGUUCUUUGCAACAUCUGUAUCGUGACAUAAGAUACACGCGUAAGAAGUAGAAGCGUCUUGCAGCAGGCGGACAAGCAACUGCAACGCAGCUAUCAAGGCAACUCGGCCGUAUAGCAUUCAAAGCAACAACUAGCCAGUUAUCUACUCGUAAAUACAAGCACGAAAUGUAAUAUUUUGUAUGAAAUGUGAAGAAAAGAGUGGAAAUUAGCGAAUUUCGACACAUUUUUAAACGAAUGUGAACGUUGCAGUUGGGGGCUUUAGUAAUAAUACUACGAAUAGUUCCAUUGCUGUGCUAAUGGAGAUUAUUAUACUGAUAUUUAACGUUAGUUGAAUAACUUAACACUGUAUGUAAGCAUGCGUCUAUAUGCCUAGGAUAAUGCUAAAUGAAUUCGAUUAUCAAUAAACUGGAAAAUUAGCUUGGUUAUGUAUUGGUUGAUCAAUAUAAUUUAAAUGACGGUAUCGUUUUGAAAUGUAAUAUAUACAUAAUAUAUGAAGCCUGCUUAAAUUUAUUUAUUUAUUCUUGUUUUACUUCGUUUUUUUUUCUUUUUAUUUUAUUUUUUUUUAAUAGUUACAUUGCAAAAACCCUCAUACGAGAAUUGCUAUAAAAGCAAGCGACAUUCACAAUCCUUUCUUAAUGUAUAUAUACUUAUGUAUAUUUUGUAUGUAAAUAUAUAUAUAUAUAUAUAUUUAGUUUGUGUUGAAUUUUCAGGAAACUUUUUAUCUACUCACUAAAAAAUUUACUCAUAAAAAUUUGCAUUCAAUGAAGGUUUUUGCUUUGAAAAUGUUGUUGUAUCUGUACUGGGUUAGUAAGAGCAAUGGCUUCAUAAUAUUUACAUAAAUACAUAGGCACAUGUACAUAACCAUCUUUAUGCUAACGGAUAUUCAUAAAAAUGUAAUUUUUAAAAUUUAAUGAUAACAGAAUAUUGUAUUAAGUAUUUCUUAGUGUAGUCUAGCGAGGUUUUCUUAGAACCUAAUCCUUAUAAUGAUUUACUUUUCAAAAACUUUAUUUUCAUUUUUUUUUUCUUUGUGGUUUAGAGAUUUGCGUAU